AUCUUUCUCCUGAGUUACAUCUGCCGCAGUGUCAUCUUCUGGUUGCCGUAAUGGAUAAGCUUCCCUCUCAGCCUGAGGAUGUGCAGGCUCUCUGGACCACAGGAAGCCAGUUCUCAGAAGAGGUUCCCAGGCUCUCUUUGUUCUCAGCCCUUUUUCUCGGUUUCCAGCAGUGCUCUGGUGAGUGUUUGUUUGCCGGGAGUGAUGGAUGAUGGACAAGCUGAGGUUCCUGUCACCCUGUAUCACCACCUCUGUGUCCACUUGUGUGCCUUCAUUGCAUCCACACCCCCAUCACACUUUCCUCAGCUGGAGCGUGCUCUGCUGGAUGCAGUCAUUGGUUCUAGUAUGAUCACCUCUCUACUGGCUAUGGAUUCAUGGUGCUUCCUGGCCCGCCUUGUUUUUACAUUAUAAAUUCAGAUGUUAUCUAAGAUGGAAUGAAAACUCUAGUCAAUAAUGACUAGAGAACUAGUGAAAUGGUGACAUCACAAGAUCCAAGUGAGUGAAAGCUGAGCAAUUGAAAG